CCCGGCGGAGGUGAGGGUCGCCGCGGGGUCUGUGUGUGCGGCGGGGACAGGCCGGGGCCCCGCACCCAGGCCUCGGCCUUUGCCCUCUGGCCGUCGGGGAGGACGAGGUGCCCUGGCCUCCGCUCCUCAGCACCCCUGUCUGCCCGAGCAGGAGCCCGAGCGAGCGCCGCCCGCCCUGCUGCCCGGCCCCGGCCCCGGCCCCGGCCCCCCGAGCCUCCAGCCAUGGCGUCUCUGCUCGCCAAAGACGCCUACCUGCAGAACCUGGCCAGGAAAAUCUGCGCCCAGCCCAGCGCGGAGCCGCAGAAGCGCAAGCGGGUUGGUCAAACUCAAGACUCAAAGGCUGCCGGGCCUUCAAAAAAGAAAAGGAAGAAAAUGCAGAAGAAAUUCCGGGAGCAGAAAGAGAAGGCUGUGGAGCACAAGGCCAAGUCCCUGCAGAAGUCUCCAGCAGCUUCUGGGGCCAAGAAGCCAGUGGCAACAGAAGAGGAGGAGGCCUCCAGCUCCACCGUGGCCCCUGCAGCAGAACGCUGGACCACAGACCCUGACUCUUUCUUUGCCCUCGAUGUGCUUCGGCAGCGGCUGCAUGAGAAGAUACAGGAGGCCCGGGGCCAGGGCAGCACCAAGGAGCUGUCCCCUGCUGCUCUGGAGAAGAGGCGCCGGAGGAAGCGGGAGCGGGACCGGAAGAAGAGGAAGCGGAAGGAGCUGAGAGCGAAGGAGAAGGCGGCUAAGGCCGGGAAGGCCCCUGAGGCGGCUACUGAGCCAGCCCCCCAGGCGCCCUGCCCAGAGGCGCUGCAGCAGACGGGGCUGAUAUUCAAUAAGAUGGAGGUGGAUGAGGAGGAGCCGGCCAGCAAGGCGCAGCGGCGCAAGGAGAAGAGGCAGCAGGUGAAAGGCAACCUGACGCCCCUGACGGGCAGGAAUUACCGGCAGCUGCUGGAGCGGCUGCAGGUGCGGCGGGCACGGCUGGAGGAGCUGCGGGAGCGGGAUGCGGGGCAGGCGCAGGCGCUAGAGGCCAAGAUGCAGUGGACCAACCUGCUGUACAAGGCGGAGGGCGUGAAGAUCCGCGACAGCGAGCCGCUGCUGCAGGAGGCCCUCAAGCGCAAGGAGAAGCGGCGGGCGCAGCGGAAGCGCAAGUGGGAGAAGCGCACAGCGCAUGUCGUCGAGAAGAUGCAGCAGCGGCAGGACAAGCGGCGGCAGAACCUGCGCAAGAAGAAGGUGGCCAAGGCCGAGCGGCGCAUGGAGAAGGCCCGCAAGAAGGGCCGGAUCCUGCCCCAGGACCUCGAGCGGGCCGGCCUGGCCUGAGGGCCCUGGGAGGCAUCCCAACACCCAGCCUCCUUUCCCACCGCGGCUGCUUCUCCAUUCUCUGAGGCUGGAGGAGAUGGCCAAGUUGCCGUGACCCUAGACAAGUCCCCUCCCCCGGACAGACCGCAGGUUCCCAGUGUGAAAUGGACACAAAGUGCUCACCUCCAGAGGCGGCUGUGAGCACGUGGUGAGACCACGUGCGUGAAAGAGGCUUGGGUACAACAUUGUCCUUGAAGACAGACCCAGUUUUUCAGGCCCCAGAGAAGGGGUGAGCCAGACUUGACUAGAAAGCUCUCCAAAAGUAGAUAGGGUCAGGAAGAAAGCCCCCAGGGCAGAAAUCAGGCACUUGGGGGGAGGCACAGCACUGGUUUUCUCCCCUCGUGUACUCAGGGUCUGGGAUCAGAGGGGACAGACCUUGGUGACCGUUGGGUCAGCCCAGACCUUGCCUGGGGGGCGGGGCAGAACCGACUCCGUAGCCUGAGCUCAGGGAUGUGAUGGACUUCGUGCCGGGAGGACAGGGAGCACCCAGGCUUCCUUCUCUCCUUCUUUGUCUUGCCUUCUACCUAUGUUGGUCUCAUUUCUCAGCAGCCUUGGCCCCCAGGCCCACCUUGGGGCCGGUUACCGGCUCAAGGGCUGGUCUGGUGAUUGCUGUCCCCACCUCACCUGGGUCGUGAGGAGCAGUCCCCCAGGGG